GGGCGUCUACAUCGUUUGUAUAUACUUAUUGACUUCUUGUUUCCUUAGCUUCUUGCAUACUUGCAAGCAACACUUGACUUGAGCUUGAGCUUCCCUUUUCCGUUUCAGUGAUCUUUGCCCACACUUCCAUAUAACAAUUCUGGAGGCGAGUUGAGGGAAUGGAGAAUUUUGGGGUAGGUACGUUUGUGAGAAGCAGGAGAUUUGGGAGCUAUUUUGAGGCGGGUUCGGGCGUGGAUUUGGAUAAACCUGCAAAAAUAGUUAAGGAGGAGGUGAAGCAGAAGCAGAAAGCAGAGGAUGAUGAUGAUGUAUACGAGGAAGACGAUGGGUGGGUUUCAGUGUUGAUAUCGUGGAUCAGAAUCAUUGUGUGCUUCGUUUCAAUGAUGGUCACCACGUUGAUAUGGGCAUUAAUCAUGCUUCCGCUUCUGCCAUGGCCGUAUCAGAGGAUUAGACAGGGCAAUAUCUACGGCCAUGUCACUGGUAAAAUGUUGAUGUGGAUUCUAGGAAAUCCGAUAAAGAUUGAAAAUGCAGAAUACUGUAAGGAGAGGGCAAUUUAUGUGUGCAAUCAUGCAUCCCCCAUCGAUAUCUUUCUCAUUAUGUGGUUGACCCCUACCGGUACCGUUGGCAUUGCAAAGAAAGAGAUCAUAUUUUACCCACUCUUUGGACAGCUCUAUGUUUUAGCAAACCAUCUCCGAAUCAACCGUUCUAAUCCAACUGCUGCUAUUGAAUCCAUGAAGAAGGCUGCUCGUGCAGUGGUUGAUAACAAUUUAUCUUUAAUCAUAUUCCCAGAGGGUACAAGAUCACAGAAUGGGCGCUUACUGCCAUUCAAAAAGGGAGUUGUGCACUUGGCAUUGGAAACGCGUCUCCCAAUAGUUCCAAUCAUCUUCACAGGGACUCACCUGGCAUGGAGGAAAGGUAGCUUGCAUGUACGCCCAGCUCCCCUCACCAUCAAGCUUCUUCCUCCAAUCAGUACUGAUGAUUGGACGGCUGACAAAACCGGGGACUAUGUAAGAUUGGUACAUGAUGUUUAUGUCAACAACCUGCCGCACUCUCAAAAGCCUCUUGUAGAAUAGCUGGAGUUUCUGGCACAAUCUGUAACUCUGUAAGAAUAUUGCUCUCCAUACAUGUAUUUAUAAUGUCAAGUUCUAUCUAUGCAAUAAUGAUAUAUCAAUUGUCAAUUUAAAAUGGAGUAAGAAUCACUUUUGGUUCUUAAAAUAGUACACUAAUUUGUAAAUCUAGUCACUUUAUUAUACUC